GCUUCAUUAACAACAACUCAUAAAACAAUCUAAACACCCCCAUAUAUCAGAUCUCUACAUCUCAGCAAUUCAAGUGUAAAUUAAAUUUUAUAAAUAACCCAAAUCGCUACUUCUCGAAUAUGCUCAAAUAAUAAAAUAGAAAAGGAGAAACAAGGGGAAACUACCAGAAGAUCAAAAUUCUGAAUUGCCAGACCAUACAAAGGAGAAUAAAAUUUUCCUUUUCUUGCUUUAUACCAAUCAAAAUUGUUACAGGAAAAAAGGAAUCUUGAAAUUGUUACAGAAGAAGUCAUAUUCUUGUGCGGGCUCUUGGACUUCUUUGCAGGGAGAAGUGGAAUAAGACAAGUAGAAACCACAAGCUUAUCAUGGAUAAAGGAUGGAUGUGUGAACCAAAGUUCUCUAAAAGAUAUGUUGAAGGUGUCAAAUCUUUUAUGAAAUUUGUUCAGUCUCGCUUUGAUCAAAUCACUAAAGUUCGAUGUCCAUGCCAAGACUGUUUAAAUAUAAAUUUCCAAACACAAGAAGUAGUGUAUGACGAAUUGUUGAUGAAAGGAAUUAUGAAAGAUUAUGUGCAAUGGAUAUACCAUGGGGAACAACCACAAAAGAGAGAUAAUGGUGAAGUGAUUUACGAGGAAGAUGAAAAUGAAGAACAUGACAAUGAUGAUGCAAUUCAAACUAUGUUAGAAGAAGCCAGUGGAAGAUCGUUUGCCAAUUUUUCAGAGGAGAAAACAACUGGUGAUAAUGUAUUUGGUAAUAUGAGUGAGAAGGAAGCUAAAAAGUUUGAUACAUUACUGGAAGAAGCUGAGCGCGAAUUAUACCCGGGAUGUAAGAAAUUUUCGAAGCUUUUGUUUCUUGUGAAGUUGCUACACUUGAAAGUGUACAAUCAAUGGAGUAAUAAAUCGUUUACCAUGUUGUUGGAGUUACUAAAAGAGGCACUUCCUAAUGGUGAGACACUUCCUAAGUCAUAUUAUGAUGCUAAAAGCAUGCUGCAGGGUUUGGGAUUAGGAUACAUUUCGAUCCAUGCUUGCACAAAUGAUUGUGUGUUGUACUGGGCUGAACAUAAAGAUAGACAAAAGUCUCCACAUUGCGGCACUUCAAGGUGGAAAAUUGAUAAUGGAAGGGAUAAAAAGAUUCCUCAUAAAGUCUUGCGGUAUUUUCCGUUAAAGCCGAGACUUCAAAGGUUAUUUAUGUCUAAAAAAAUAAGCGAGGACCUGAGGUGGCAUAAAGAAAAACAUCUUGAUGAGGCGAAUGUGUUAAGGCAUCCCGCUGAUUCUGAAGCAUGGAAAGAGUUUGACAUGAAUCAUCAGUGGUUUGCACAAGAACCUCGUAAUAUUAGACUCGGUCUUGCAACUGAUGGUUUUAAUCCAUUCGGUAACAUGAGCACAUCGUAUAGUAUGUGGCCUGUCAUUCUCGCUCCUUAUAAUCUUCCUCCUUGGAAAUGUUUUAAGGACCCAUUUAUGAUAAUGUCAUUACUUAUUCCUGGUCCUCAAGCACCAGGAAAGGAUAUUGAUGUGUAUUUGCGUCCUUUGAUUGAUGAAUUGAAAGAGUUAUGGAAUGAUGGUGUAGAGACUUUUGAUACAUCAACCGGAGAGUGCUUCAAGAUGCAUGCCGCUGUUUUAUGGACCAUAAAUGACUUUCCUGCUUAUGGUAAUUUAUCUGGAUGGAGUACUAAGGGAUAUAUGGCAUGUCCUACUUGCAAUAAGGAUGCACCUUCACGAAAGAUAAGAAGUAAAAUUUGUUAUACGGGUCACCAUCGGUAUCUUGAACCUAGUCACUCUUGGAGAAGAAGCAGGAAAUUUGAUGGGAAGAAAGAAGAAAGAUUGAAACCAAAAGAGCUCUCAGGAGAUGAUAUCUUACAACAAUUGGAUUUACUCAGUACUUAUAGACCAGGAAAACAGUCAAAUAGCAAGAAAAAUAAAUGUCUUCCUGAAGAAUUGAAUUGGGUGAGGAGAAGUAUUUUAUUUGAGCUACCAUACUGGAAGAGCUUGAAGUUGCGGCAUAAUUUAGAUUUUAUGCACAUAGAAAAGAACAUUUGUGAGAGUAUUUUGGGGACAUUAUUGGAUAUUGACGGGAAAACUAAGGACACAGAUAAAGCAAGAAAAGAUCUGAAGGAUAUGAACAUAAGAAAAGAACUAUGGUUGAAGCAAGAUGGUUCUAAUUAUACAAUGCCAGCUGCUUGUUAUAAUAUGACAAAAAAAGAGAAAAAAGAGUUUUGGGCAUUUUUAAAAUCUGUUAAAUUUCUUGAUGGUUAUGCUUCAAAUAUCUCAGGGUGUGUAAGUGUGGAUGAUGCUAAGAUAAAUAGACUCAAGAGUCACGACUAUCAUGUUUGGUUACAACGACUGCUGCCUGUUGCUCUCCGUGGAUUUGUAAAUAAAAAUGUCUCUUCAGCAGUAAUUGAGUUAGGCCAGUUCUUCCAACGAUUAUGUUGUAAGACAUUGAGAAGAGAUGACUUAGAACAACUUGAAAGGGAUAUAAUUAUUAUAUUAUGUAAGCUUGAGAUGAUCUUUCCACCUGCUUUUUUUGAUGUUAUGGUACAUUUGGCUGUGCAUUUACCGCGAGAGGCUAUGUAUGGGGGUCCCGUACAAUAUCGUUGGAUGUACAAAAUUGAGAGGUUUUUGUGCAAGCUUAAGCGUUAUGUGCGAAACAAGGCACGACCAGAAGGUUCUAUUGCAGAAGGCUAUAUUAUUGAUGAAUGUUUGACAUUUUGCUCUAUGUAUCUUACUGGCAUCGAGACUAGAUUUAAUCGUGAAGAUCGAAACGAUGAUGGAUCUAGCAACAAAGAUGAACUUAUUCUGGACAUAUUUUCAAAGAGUGUUAGACCAUUUAAAGAGGGAAACUAUUAUGAAAUACCAAAGAAAGAUUUUGAUAUGGACCGGUGGUAUGUGUUGAAUAAUUGCGAAGAAGCACAACCUUUUCUUCAAGAGCAUAAAGAAGAGUCGGUGAAGCAAGCUAUUGUGAAUAUAGAAGAGAAACAUAGGGAGCAAUUUCCUUUAUGGUUCAAAAGGAAGAUUAUGCAACUAUAUAAUAAGCAAAAGUCAUUGUCUAUCAAGAAAUUAUUUCCUUUAGCAAUGGAACCCGAUUGGCAUGGAUAUACGUAUCUUGGUUGUAUUGUUAAUGGUGUUAGGUACCAUAUUCGGAUUCGCGAUGAAUUACGUAAAAGUCAAAAUAGCGGAAUAGUUGUCGAAGGCUAUCAUGAAAAUGAGGUGAUAGAUUUUUAUGGUACUAUAAAUGACAUCAUUGAAUUAGAUUAUGUUGAUAAGAAUAGAGUUGUCUUAUUUAAAUGCAAGUGGUUUGAUCUUCGCAAGAAAAUAGGGAUGCAAAAAGAUAAAAAUUUUACGAGUAUUAAUGUAAAUAGAUUUUGGUAUGAACAUGAUUCUUUUGUACUAGCUACUCAAGCAAAGCAGGUAUUUUACAUUAAUGAUCCGAAGUUGGGGACGGAUUGGCGAAUUGUGCAAAAAUUUCAAGAUAGACACAUAUAUGAAGUGCCAGAGAUGCAAAAUUCAAAAGUGGAAAGUAAUGAAUUGCAUACUACUAAUGAUGAAGUGUAUCAAGAUGUGUCUGUUGAAAGUAAUACGAUUGGUUAUGAUAUUGAGGAUUUGCCGAGUCAAUUACAUAGAGAUGAUGUUGAUUUGACUACCUUGGAUGCAAGUGUAAUCGGCUUGGAGGUUCAAACAAGACAUGAAGUUGGUUACAAUACCGAAGAUUCUGACCAAGAGGAUGACACUAUGAUAGAGUACAUAAGUGAUCCUGAGAUAAAUGAAGGUACUAAAAGUAUUACCAAAGAUGAAGCUGAUGGCACAGAUGAUGACGACGUUGAUUUUAUGGUGUAACCUCAUAAUUGUAAGGGCCACCUUUCACUGACUUUGACGAGUGUGACUCCACUUCUUCUUCCAGGUGCAAUAAAAGAACAAGAGGUAAACGAAAGCAGUGAAGGCCUUCUUUAGAGUAUUAGUUGAUGGUUAAAUUCUUUCUUCUUGGUGGGUUUUAGUUCAUUUAUAUACCAGUUUUGUAAUUCCAAUCCUAUUAGAUAUUGUGAGGACAAUUACUUGGUACAUUGAUCGCCCUUAUUCAUAGUUUCAUGUGAAAAAGGCUAUUUCGGAAUUGGGAUGAAAAGGGAUCUCUUUUGCACAUGUGUGUUUGCUGGGCUUCGAAUUGAAAGUUCGGAUAUUCUUGUCGUUAUAAGUUUGUGUUCAUCAUGUUCUUUCUCUAUUGCCGAAAAUCAGUGUUUUGAUUUUUCCCUUUCCUACUUUUUGGUUUUGUUGUUGCUUGAUUUUUAUGUUUGCUGGUGAUACUCAAUAGUGUGCUUUUUUUUGUUAGGACUUAGGAGUAGCACAAUUGACUGAAACAGAGUUGUUUCUCAAAAAUUCUUUGUGUGCGCUCGCUCUGCUGCUGCUCCU